AUGGCGGGUAUAUCACCUUUUUGGGAGUUAGACAUAAAGGCCCCAAUACGGAAACAAUUAGCUGAUACGGUUGUUCUAGAGUAUCCCGUAAUUCAUGUACAUCUUCCUUCGGAACACUAUGAUUUUGAAAUUGUCAGGAAGAACCUUCCUGCCGACAAUAGGAGAGAGAGCAAGGAUUCUAACAUUGCUAAUAAUGAAAUCCAAAAAGGUGUUACCUUCAGGGAGGAGGAAAUAAAAGAGAAUGGUAGCUCUUCAGAUCCUCAGGUCUUUGAUCUUAUGAAUCAUGUUCAUCAAAUCUCUCCUCAAAGCAAGUCUGAGAAAACAUUUGGUAACUCGGUUUUGUCCUUGACGAGAGCUGGGGCAGGGAACAGGGUGCACUCCAGCCCCCUGGCUAAGGUCUCUGGAAUUUUCGAAGACAUGGAGUUUGAAUUUGAUCAAGGGUUACUUUAUGCGUAUUCAGACCUCAUUGCCAAAAUGAAUCCAGAUGACUUUCUUGAUUUAGAAGGUGAAAAUGCUAAGCAACCAGAAACAGAAGAUAGAAGGGACCUUUCGAAUUCUAGGGGAGUUUUCUUUGCCGAGGAAUUGGAGGAAGGGGAGAUUGUAGAUUAA